GAUAUAUUCUGAUCAGAAACGGCGAUGGGCGACCAUGGACAAUGUUUAGCAUGCAAAUUUAUGCGUAGACCAUGUUCAGAAGGGUGUCCUUAUAUUCAACUGUUCAGUACAUACUUCGAUGUACCAAGCUUCCAAAUAGGAUAUGCAGCUUCCACUGCUGACAGACAGAAAAUAGAAGCCCGUAUAACGGAUAGCACGCUUACAUUUGAAGCAAAUGCUGGAGUGAAUGAACCUGUUUUUGGGGCAACAGGAAUCCUUUUAGCUCUGCAUCAACGUAUGAGAGAAGAAGUUACCCGCUUUGAAACCAUUACAGGCAAAGGUGUGAACGUUAUUCCAGCAGACACUAUGAAUCAUUUUGUUCUAAAAGAUUCAGAGAAAAUUGAACAGAAACAUCGAGCUUGUCCAGCAUGCACCUAUCUACCGCAAAUGUGCAAGGUGGAUUGUCCAUUCGUUCCGUUCUUUGAAGCACGCAAAUCUAGAGAUUUCAUCAGAGAGUUUUGUACAGUACUUUGUGGCUCAACAGUUGUGUUGCCUGAUCACUCUAAUCUUCAGUCAGCUGAUGAAUUGAACAAAGCGGGUAUAACGGCUAAAGCAUUGGAAUUUGAAAGUAAAGCUAGGGUUCACGAUCCAGUUUAUGGGAUAGCAGGAAUAAUUUUAUCAUUGUACAAGAACUGGUGGAACCUUAAUCACCAUGUUCGUUUGCUUGAGCAACGACAUCGGAGUGUGCAAAAUUUUCCUACUGUUCAAAUUGGUUCUUGCAACAUUCCUACAGAUAAAGGCAAAGGGAAUGUGACCCCAGAAUCCACAAAUGAACGUUGUACUAUUGCAGAAUGGAUGGAUAUGGAAGAUGAUGAUGAGUCUCUUUACAGCAGAGAAGAAGUGUCGAAGAAUUAUAUGGAGUUCCAACAGGAAGUUGCAUUAAUCCAGCCUCUACCACAAGAACGGACUUAUUCUUUGUGCCUUCCACAAGGAGAAUCCUCAAAAAGUUCUCCUUUAAGUUCAGUACCUCACCAAAUGAACCAGCCAUUAGCUGAUCAGCAACUAUAUAGAGUCCCGCAACAAACACAGCAACUACUGAGUCAGCAAGCCGCUUCAUCAUCAUUAAGAGAGGCACCUUCGUCUCAACAAGGAAUGAGCAGUACCACAGGAGAAGCAAUAAAUAGAGCCUGGCAAAAUCUAACACGGCAAGAACGAGAAGAACUAUUGCGUCAGACAUGGAAUCGACUUCCAGGUACGUCACAUGUUCAAAACCUUCUACAACGAUUUCCAGAUAGGCCAAGUGUUCAAGACAUUCUACAACGAACAUCAGAGCGUGUUCCACACAGUGUAACACCACAGCUACAACAACAAUUGGCAUCCCCUUCUUAUGGUCAGCAAGCCGCUUCAUCAUCAUUAAGAGCGGCAACUUCGUCUCAACAAGGAACGAGCAGUAGCACAGGAACACCACCAACAAGUACUACAGACACUAUAUAAGCCUAUAAGGAACUGGUGAUAUCAUUGAAGACUUUGAAAGUCUGUUGCAGC